UUUUUUGGCAUCAGCUUCCCUCCUCUGACACUCCCUCCGUGAGCCACACUUCCUCUUGCACUUAGCCUCCGAAGGCGGCUACUGUGUAAUCCCCCACCGGCUACCCCAAAGUCAAGAUCCUCCUGAGCCGGCUGGCGUGGUGGAUCCAGCGAGGUGACAAUGAAUGUUGAUCAUGAAAUCAGCCUUUUAGUUGAAGAGAUUCGGCGGCUGGGGACCAAAAAUCCUGAUGGGACAUUGAGUGUGAAGUUUGGAGUGCUUUUUGCUGAUGAAAAAUGUGCCAACCUUUUUGAAGCUUUAGUGGGGACUCUUAAAGCUGCAAAACGGAGGAAGAUUGUUAGUUAUCCAGGAGAGCUGCUUUUGCAAGGAGUUCAUGACAAUGUUGAUAUUUUGUUACUUCAGGAUUAGUUCAGUAAUAUGGCAUUAUCUUUUUCAGGUAAAUGAAUAUACAAAAUUCUCCUCAGUCCAAGGCAUAUUUGCAUGAAAAUGUAUUUUUCCUAUAUAUCUUUUUAAUAAAAAUUGAAUGUUUUUCUUUGGGAAUCUUAAAAAAAAAAUCUUUAGUGAACCCAUUUCAGGAAAUGACUGUUAGAUCAAACAAUGAAACAACUCCCCUUUUUUGGUCUCAGGUAUUGCAUUUUAAAUGGUCUGCAUUGUUGUUUAUGUUUGAAAAGAAGAUUAUGCUAAUAAUUUAGCUGUGUUUGCAAUCUACUAUAUGCUGCAAAGAUAAAAAACAGAUGGCCAGA